AGUUGGCGAGAAUUUUUUGUUUUUGUGCCAGACGUGACGAUUCUCCUCUCUCUCGCCCUAUUUACGGCUCUUGCAAAUUUCACGACGCUGGAAAUCAGGUCCAAUACGUAGAAAUAACGCUCAGGCAGAUCUUACAAGGGAUACUCGGUCGAUUGAUACCGUUUUAUUGCGUCUAAUGUCGAGAUAACGUAUUCAUUUAAUUGGGUGGGCGGGCUCGGUCUAAAGCGAACGUCGUCGGAGCCAAUGGGCGGGCAGAUUUGCACCUGGGGUGAAUCCGAGGAGCCAAUGAGGGCGUCGUCGCCCAGCAUGGCGAUCGCGGGCGACACGAAGAAGAAGCCUCGUGUGUUGAUCAUGUAGUCAACAUCGUGUAAGUGUCAACAUUGCUAUCUGGGCCUUCCUGUGCGCCCCCUUGAUGGGAGCUUCUGAGACCAGCAAAGCGUGUGAUCGAGGGGCCUCUUGGUGUUACGGUUAUAUAUGGACCAGAAAAGAGGGCCAGGCGAGUGUUGCUUGAAGAGGAAAGAGGAGGAGGAAGAAGAAGAAGAAGCAGAGGGGAGGAAAGGAAAAAAAAGGUUAAGAAGGGAGUGUUUGUAGUACUAUAGGUGGUUUCUCUCGGAGGAGGAGGAAGAAGAGGAGGCUAGUGAACGAAAGGCGCUCAAGUCGUGAUGACGAUGUCCUGCUGCUGCAUCGGGCGUCGCGGCAUCUCGCAAUGGUCAUGAUUCCCACGCCCUCAGCCGUCCUCCACACGCCUUCCCGCCCGAAGUUGGGUUUCUCGAUAGACAGCAUCGUCGGACGGGGCAGCAGCGUCGACUCCCGUGGGUCUCCACCGCCUUCCCCAGGCUCCUCCCCGAGGGGCGGCAGCCCCAGAGCCAAGAGUCCGAUCGAAUCGCUGCACGACGUGCAGAAGACCCACGUCCGAAUCCCGGAGCCGAUCCACCCCUUCGUGCCUACGUCAGUGCCUACGUCCGUGCCUGCGUCGCUAGCGCACCACCCUCUCGCGGCGCCGCACCUCCAUUCCAUACCGGGCCUCCAUGUGCCCCACGCCCUCAAUCUCGCGGCCCUGCUGCCGCCAGGGGGCACCCAUGGGAUACCAUCGGCCGUGCCCCCCGUGUUGUUGGGUCAGAUGUCGCACCUGGGGACGCCCUUACCGCCGGCGCCUGGACCCAGAGAGUUCCCGCUGUAUCCGUGGCUUCUGUCCAGGCAUGGCCGACUCUUCGCGCCCAGAUUUCCAGGACCAGAUUUCCCUUCGUUCCUGCUGCCCUUCCGUAAACCGAAGCGUAUCCGGACGGCGUUCAGCCCGAGCCAACUGCUCAAACUGGAACAGGCCUUUGAGAAGAACCAGUACGUGGUUGGGGCCGAGAGGAAGCAGCUGGCCCAGUCUCUCAACCUCUCUGAAACACAGGUGAAGGUGUGGUUCCAGAACAGAAGGACGAAGCACAAACGCGUCCAGCAGGAAGAGCAGCAGACGGGUCCGGGCAGCAAGAAGGACGACUCCAAAGACGGGCGAGACGGGGUCAAGGGCGACUCGAGCAAAGCGGACGACAAGGACGACCUCUCCAUGAUCGAGUACGACGAGGACGAAGUGCUCAGUGACGACGAGUGUGACCCUCAAGGACCAGAGGGAGUCGUUCAGUCCUAAGUGAUGAACGAGUAGAAGAUGCAAUCGAGUUUACUGUACAGCAUUGAAUUAAGGCCACCGGAAACAGCUUUAUCUGUUGGUGGUCUCGGUAUGAUGCUGUGUGAGCCGCGGCAAAUGAAACUUAAUCGCUACCAGACGCACGAUUAUGGCUAACUUUAACCUUAACAAAAAAAUAAAAACUACUGAGGCUACAGGGCUGCAAUUUGGCACCUUUGAUGAUAAGGGGGUGGAUGAUCAACGUACCAAUUUGCAGCCCUCUAGCCUCAGUGGCUUUUUAAGAUCUGAGGGCGGAAAAAGUGCCGACGGACAGACAAAGCCGGUACAACAGUUUUCUUUUGCAGGAACUAAAAAUUGUUCUGGAGUUAUAGCGAUCGAGUCGUUAGUACUGGAUAAAUUGAGGGGAAACAAGCGAGUCGAUAAAAUAAAUGCCUUCUUAGUGUCUGAAAUAAUAAUAAGUGCCUGAUUUUGAGUGUCUGAGGAAAUAAGCGAUCGUCUGGAACGGUUCCUGUUUCGAGGCAGCGGCGAGAAUCGAGACAUUGGAAUCGCGUGUGAUUAUCUAAGUUAAUCCCUAAUAAAGGGAGUUACUAUUGAGAAAAGUGACUCAUCUCCCUUGAAGACUAAUAGCGACAGAUUAGUUAAUUUGUAGAUAACCUCACAAAAGGUGCUUCAAACAGAGAUGGAUAUUUUAAUAGGAGUGAAGAUGAAAAAAUAGAGACCUACAGUGUAUAAAUUGUUGAGGAGUCGUGAGUUGAUGACUUGAUGACGUCAUUGUGAUUUUGUGGUCUAAGGUGCGGACGAAAUGAUCCUCUAAUUUCUUGAACUUUUAAGAACCUUAGAGGACUCUUGUGUGAGAGAGGACUUUAUCUGCCUGUUCUAAAUAGAAACAAAAUAUUAGGUCGUUAGAAAUAAAAUUAGCCUUACUAAUUGACAUAUGUAAAAAAAGCUUUUUAUUCCCACCUCAUCUUGAUUAUUUUAUGAUUGAAUACUUUCGAGUGUUAUCGUUGUCAUUACCAAUGAUAAUUUGUAUGCGUAAACAAAUGAAUGACAAUUGCUGGACAUCCAUGUGGACAUUUCUUCUAUUGGGGGGGGGCGGCUGUGGGGAAGGGGGAUUCUUCUCAUUACUAAUAACAUACAUUAGCAUAUAGGUAUAAAAUCUACAUUACAUUCAUGGAAAGGCAUACACAACAUUACACAUACAAACAAGCACACCAACACACACACACACACAUUUAUAUUUGUUUGUUUGUAUGUGAUUGUAUUCUAAACAUUCGUUUAAACAUCCAUGUUUUUAAAGCAAGAAACUGGAAUACUUUGCUAUUAUCGUGU